GUACUUACACCAUCAUAUUUUUCCCACCACGUCGAAGUGGUAUCAUGAGACUUGUGCUCAUGCUUGUAUGUCUAGUUCAGGGAAAUGACUGAAGUCAAGAAAGAUGAUGUUGUUAAGAUAUUACAUACGUAUCCUCUUUGUAGAAAAUGCGAUAUGUCGGAUGAAAUGAAACAAGAAGCAAUGGAAUUGUGCGUCACCGCGGCAGAAAAAUAUGCGGAUAAUUAUGAAAGCGUUUCUCGGAUGAUCAAAGAGGCAAUGGAUAAAAAAUUCGGUGCGUCUUGGCAUACAGUCGUCGGCGAAGGCUACGGAUUUGAAAUAACUUAUCAACUUAAACAUCUAUUAUACAUGUACUGUGCCGGAAAUUUAGCGAUAUGCAUAUGGAAAUCAGCAUAGUGAUAUUUACAAAAAUUAAUAUACAAACAAAUGUACAAAUAGCGUAAUUAUGAUUUUUUAAAAAGACUAUUUCUACGCAAAACGAUUCUUGUUUUAAACAAGAUGUUUUAUCAUAUUGCACAAAUCAAAUGUUUUUCAAUAAUUAUUAUUGAUCGUGAAUAGGCACAUUUGCAUAUUAAUGUUGAAACACAUCCAGAUAUACAUAAAAAAUAGAUUUGAUUACAAUUUAUAAAUUUCCCUCAUUACAGUACAUAAAAUAAAUGACUAAUAAGAAGCGAUUUAUAAUUUUUAUACAAAUGAAGGACUAUACACGUAAAAUGAUACAAUUAUUGGAAUAUUAAUUAUUUCGGAAAAUUUUAUGACGUUCUAUGAUAUGAUGUAGAUCUUAAUAUUCUUCGGUAUUAUUCAAUUCGAUGAAAAAUAUAUUAAUAAAUUAAUAUCGAAAUUUUUUCGUCGUGAUAUUAUCAUACAAAAUGUAAAAUAUUAUGCAUAAUAUUAUGCUGAAUUAUAUCAUUAUCGUUAUUAUUACUAUGUAUGUGCGUGCGAAUUGCAUAUAUACAAAUACAGCGCGUUAAUAUCCAUAUAAUUUAUUGUAUUUGUUUGUGAUAUUAUUUAUUUGUAUAAAAGUCUUUUGUGG